GCCUGUCGGUGGGGGCGGGGCUUGGGCGGGACCGGGCGCUGUCCGGUGCUGAAGCUCGGCCGGGCGCCGCCGCAGGAGCGCGAGAGGCGCGGCGGGAGGAGCUGGCGGCGCGCGCCUCGCAGGGCCCGGGCUCAGCCGCCUCCCGCCGCCUCCCGCGCGACCAUGGACUGACUGAGCGCCGCCGGCCAGGCCGCGGGGAUGGGGCCUCCGCUUCCUCUGCUGCUGCUGCUGCUGCCGCUGCUGCCGCCGCACGCCCUGCCUGCCGCCCCCGCGUCCGUCCCCCGCGGCCGGCAGCUCCCCGGGCGCCUGGGCUGCCUACUCGAGGACGGGCUCUGUGGAGCAUCUGAGGCCUGUGUGAACGAUGGAGUGUUUGGAAGGUGCCAGAAGGUUCCGGCAAUGGACUUUUACCGCUACGAAGUGUCGCCUGUGGCCCUGCAUCGCCUGCGAGUCGCCUUGCAGAAGCUCUCCAGCACAGGUUUCACGUGGCAGGAUGACUAUACUCAGUACGUGAUGGCCCAGGAACUUGCAAACCUCCCCAAAACCUACCUGCGGCGUCCUGCAGUGUCCAGCGCAGCUGGGCCCUCAAAACAGAGCAUUGGCAGCGAGAGGAGGUACAGCCGGGAGGGCAGCGCUGCCCUGGCCAAGGCCCUCCAACGCCACCUGCCCUUCCUGGAGGCCCUAUCCCAGGCCCCAGCCUCAGACGUGCUCACCAGGACCCAGACUGUGCUGGACAGACCUCCUGCUGAGGGUGACGACCCCUUCUCUGAGAGCCUCCUGACCUACAUGGCCCACACGUCUGCGCUGACCUACCCUCCUGGGCCUCAGGCCCAGCUCCCCGAGGACCUCCUGCCUCGGACCCUCAGCCAGCUACAGCCAGAUGAACUCAGCCCUAAGGUGGACAGACACCAUCUGAUGGCAGCCCUUGGUGCCUAUGCUGCCCGAAGGCCCCCAGCUCCUCCCGGGGAGGGCGGCUCGGAGCCACAGUACCUUCUGCAUGCACCCCCAAGGAUGUCCAGGCCCUUGCUGGCACCAGCCACCCCCCAGAAGUGGUCUUCACCUCUGGGAGACCCCAACGACUCCCCCAGCACUGGUGAAGGAGCACGGAUUCAGACCCUCCUGAAGGACCUGCGGAGGCAGCCGGCUGAGGCGGGGGACCUGAGUGCCCUGGAACUGGACGGCAUGGCUGAGCUGAUGGCUGGCCUGAUGCAAGGCGGGGACCACAGAGGACCUGGAGGUGGCCCUGGGAGAAUGGCCCUGGGAGAGUCUGGAGAACAGACGGAUGGCCCCAAGGCCGCCCUCCAUGGAGACAGCUUUCCAGAUGACAGAGUGCAGGAUGAUGACAGACUGUACCAAGAGGUCCAUCGUCUGAGUGCCACGCUCGGGGACCUCCUGCAGGAGCACGAGUCUCAACUCUCGCCUGGAGCCCUCCCCUUUGCAAAGCCCCUCAAAAUGGAGAGGAAGGAAUCAGAGCACCCCGAGGCUUCCCUGUCUUCAGAAGAGGAGACUGCCGGAGUGGAGAACGUCAAGAGCCUGACGUACUUCAAAGACCUGCUGGGGCUGCAGCCACAUUUGCAGCCCGGGGCCGGCAGGUUUGCAGAGCUCCAAAGCCUGGUGCCCGAGCCUUCGAAGGAGGAGCAGAGCCUUCCAGCGGGUGCUCGGGAGGUGCUCGGCGACGGCCUGCAGUUGGAGGUCAAGCCUUCCGAGGAAGAGGCGUGGGGUUACAUCGUGACGGACAGAGAGGUUCUUGGACCAGCAGUGACUUUCAAAGUGAGCGCCAAUGUCCAGAACGUGACCACUGCGGAUGUGCAGAAGGCCACAGUUGACAACAAAGACAAACUGGAGGAAACCUCUGGACUGAAGAUUCUUCAAACUGGAGUCGGGUCGAAAAGCAAGUUCAAGUUCCUGCCACCUCAGGCGGAGCAAGAAGACUCCACCAAGUUCAUUGCGCUCACCCUGGUCUCCCUCGCCUGCAUUCUGGGCGUCCUCCUGGCCUCCGGCCUCAUCUACUGCCUCCGCCAUCGCUCUCAGCACAGGCUGAAGGAGAAGCUGUCGGGACUGGGGGGCGACCUGGGUGCAGAUGCCACCUCCGCCUACCAGGAGCUGUGCCGCCAGCGCAUGGCCACGCGGCCACCGGAUCGACCCGAGGGCCCGCACACGUCCCGCAUCAGCAGUGUCUCAUCCCAGUUCAGUGAUGGGCCGAUGCCCAGCCCCUCUGCGCGCAGCAGCACCUCGUCCUGGUCCGAGGAGCCUGUGCAGUCCAACAUGGACAUCACCACCGGCCACAUGAUCCUGUCCUACAUGGAGGACCACCUGAAGAACAAGAACCGGCUGGAGAAGGGGGAAGCGCUGUGCGCCUACCAGGCGGAGCCCAACAGCUCGCUCGUGGCCCAGAGGGAAGAGAACAUGCCGAAGAAUCGCUCCCUGGCCGUGCUGACCUAUGACCACUCCCGGGUCCUGCUGAAGGCGGAGAACAGCCACAGCCACUCCGACUACAUCAACGCCAGCCCCAUCAUGGAUCAUGACCCGAGGAACCCCGUGUACAUCGCCACCCAGGGACCGCUGCCUGCCACCGUGGCCGACUUUUGGCAGAUGGUGUGGGAGAGCGGCUGCGUGGUGAUCGUCAUGCUGACGCCCCUCUCGGAGAACGGCGUCCGGCAGUGCUACCACUACUGGCCGGAUGAAGGCUCCAACCUCUACCACAUCUACGAGGUGAACCUGGUCUCCGAGCACAUCUGGUGCGAGGACUUCCUGGUGAGGAGCUUCUACCUGAAGAACCUGGGAACCGGCGAGACACGCACCGUGACCCAGUUCCACUUCCUGAGUUGGUAUGACCGGGGAGUCCCUUCCUCCGCACGGUCCCUCCUGGACUUCCGCAGAAAAGUAAACAAGUGCUACAGGGGCCGCUCUUGUCCAGUAAUUGUUCACUGCAGGAGCAGUUUGAGUUCGCGCUGACAGCCGUGGCUGAGGAGGUGAACGCCAUCCUCAAGGCCCUUCCCCAGUGAGCAGCACGGCCCGGGGGCCUCGGGGGCGCCCCCGCCCCACGGAUGUUGUCAGGGAUCCUGGUCCAACUUUAAUUGUGUGUCUUCUAUUAUAACUGCAUAGUAAUAGGGCCCUUAGCUCUCCCGUAGUCAGUGCAGUUUAGCAAUUAAAAUGUGUACUUUUGUUUAAUCAAACAAUAAUAAAGAGAGAUUUGUGGGAAAAUGUGGUUAUGGGUGGAGGGGAAUCGGUUCAUCGAUUUUCACUUCUUAAAAAAAUACUUUUUCUUAAAGCACCCAUCACAUUCUUAGAAGCAAGUAAUGUAGCGUUAACGGUGCCGCAGCCAGCGUGUUGGAGGCGGUUUGCGGAAGAGUGUGCUUGCCCGCUGCCACUGUCCAGGCGGGUCUGCCGUGCAGGAGCAGGGGAAGCUGGCUGCACUCUGCCAGCCACCCGGCACACAACUCACAUUUGGUAUUUGUCUUCAAGACCAUUCUCACUGGGAGAAACCCACUGGGACAGAACCGUACGUCCUGCAGCUUCGGGGCAAGGGAGACAGUCACGGCACCUGCAUCCCCAUCAGCAUCAGCACUGCCCUGAGCACCACAGACAGCCCCCGGCAGCCACACCUGUCACCCUAAGGAGAGAUUCAGGGGCUCUCCCCGGGGCAGACACCUGCUCAAGGCUGGAACUCCCCAACCUCACCUUUGCAAAGUCACAGCUGCACCCAACACUGAGACGUGUUUUCAGUGUUAAAAUACCGAUUUCUGCAUUACGAAAGCAGAUGCCCCGUGAAUGCCUGCCUGUAAGAUAACAAGAACCAGGAAGAACAAGUCUGGGCAUUUAGCAAGCGGUGAGGUCCUGGGAGCGCCAACCCUGCCUGGCCCCCGCUGUCCCCUCCAACACAUCCCAGAGACGCCCGAGAGCGUUUCCCGGGAGAGGAGAGAUGCAGGGAGACCUCACGUGCCGCUUAGAGCCAGGAAGGGAAGUGAGGGGCGCACACAGCCACCCUGCCACCUCACUUAGUGAGCCACAUGUUUGCACAUCAUGUAAACCUAAGCACACAGAGAUGAUUCAGAUCUGACAAAAUAACAUUUGUGUAUCAGGUUCACCAUCACCCUGUACCCCAGAAAUAGGAUAAUUCGCUUCAUUAACCCAGACAAUCACAUGGAAGAUGGCACAGAGGCGGCUGUGUGGGCUGCAGAUUUCCCACGCAGGGCUGAGGGUAGAAAACGCGCCUCCACCUGCCGCACCGCACAGCGUCCCUCCGGUCUUAGAUCAGACACGCCGAAGGCAGGAGCAGGAAAGCCACCUGCUGAGCCGACAGAGCAAUGCCAACAUGCCACCUGCGUCUCCACGUGGUAUUGUAACACUGCUUUUACAUCGCUACCGUUUCUUUCCAAAAUUCUUUCUGUCUGGAAUUUAAAUAAUUAAUAGAAAUGAAUUUAUCCGAAUAUAGGGAGCAUAUUACCUACUUGUAAUUUCUAACUCCUUAUGUUUCGAGAGAAAUCCUCCAGUGUGAAAUGUAUAGAUAUAUUUAAUUGUGUCAUAUUAAACUUCCGAUUUCACAUUCAA